UCCAUCCAAAAUAUCCUCGCAUUCGCCGGAGUUCAGACGGUCUUUUCCUAAGUGUUUUUCAUACAUUAUUCCCUUGGUCUUGUACAUUGCAUACGGCAAUUGCUCAAUACACCAAAAAUUCUCAGUCACUCUCUCAACAAUCUUACUCGUGUGGCCAACAAAAUGCAAGUUCUCUCCUCAGCAAUGGUAUUCCUAAUUCUCUCGACAUCAGCAUCGGCUGGUCCGAUUCAUGCGUUUGUCUCCUCCAAAGCCUCAGCUUUCCAUUCCAUGCUGACUGACAGUACCAGAUACAACGAUGUAGUCCGGCGAGCAAACCACCCUGACAAGCGCUAUGUCGUGCCAUCGAACUCGUUUGAUCGACGGCAAGCUCCAGCCGCCACAGACCCGGCGCUACAAGCAGCGGCUUCGUCUUCGACUGCAUCGUCGCAAACAAGUACGACUGCUGGACCAACGGGAUCAGGCACAGAAAAUGGCAAAGUGCCUGCGGUGGGCAUUGGAGGUGGAGAUACAAGUCUGUUGAGCUUGUUGAGUCAGACCGUCGUUCCGAGCUCCGAGGUGGCCGCGGCGACGACGAGUGCAGUGGUGUCAUCGACAGUGACAAGUACUGCUCUAAGCUCAGAUGCGAACACUGGAAGUUCCAAUGGCACAACUGUGGCUGUCAUUCCGACAACGACGGCGAGUACAGGUGGUACAGACCGCGAAACGACAUCAGCAGCAGCAGUGGCCACCACCACCACCACGAGUACCAGCACGACUGAGACGACCAGUGCCACCGCAACCAGUGACCAGGACAAUGCAAGCCAAUCAUCGCCCCUAGAAUCCGGAACGGCUAUUGAGUCUGUGUCCGCACCUGUGACGGACGCUGCAUCGCAGGCGCAGUCCCAGGCCGAACCAACCUCGACAACAACAAUACAAGUCCAGACAACGAUCCUGGCGACGGUUCAGGUGACGGCUGAAGUCACCACUGCAUCGCCCACACCAACACCAACAUCAACUGAAUCAGCCAACGCUCAAGAAGUCACAGUCAUUUUCGUGACAAUGCAACCGACCUUCUCCGGCGCGAUCGGAGGUUAUACGACCAUCACGCCUGGACUAGGCACGAUUAGUGGCUCCGGAGCAUCUGUGGAUACUUUCACCACUUCAAGCAGUGUAUCUGAGCAACCUCGUCCAGUGACACUAACCACCGGAUCGCCUUUACCCGACGAUGAACCGACAACGACAGCGACGACGAGUCUGGUAGGAGUGUCUGUUGUCCCUGUCACGUUGACGAGCGCUGUGCAAGUUGCUGGACAAACACAAUCUGUGACUGUGACGCUGAUAGAGACAGUGACGGUGACGGAUAGUCAAACGGAGACCGAGACUCAGACCGUGACGACGACAGUGACUGCGCGGUAGAAGGGCCUUGUUGUUGGGUGGUUGCGUACGCAGCGAAAAGUUGUACAUAGACUGACGCAUUGGUGGGUAGUAAAAGUAUCGUAGUAAU